AUGCGGUCAUCUCUGUACCUCCUCGCUGGAGCUGGAAGUUUGAUUGAAGCUGUUGCUCCUGAUUCCUGUGCUUGUGGAUUUUACGAUCGCUCUACAGAUCAGGUCUUCACUGAUUCAAUCAUCGUAUAUUUUAACGAGACACAAACGAUUCCGGAAAAUAUAUUUCAAGUUCAGACCUUUACGAACAAGGCUGAGAAAGGCUGGAACAGUUUAUAUCGUCAAGGUGCUGUUGCUGGUAACAGUCUGAUAUCUCCUUCGGGAACACAGCAAUCUUUGGACCUCUUCGUGGACCCAAGCACAAACCGCCACGUCGUCAAUGGCGGCUCCAUUGAAUCGCUCCGACAAGAUAUCCUCCAUGGCAGUUUCCGCGCCUCUGUUCGAGGGUCAGGACCUUGGACUGGGGGUUCCGCACUGUCGAUGAUGCUUCAAUUCAACAGGACAAGCUCGAUGGAGAUCGAUCUGCUGAACAACGACAAUCCCGAGAAUGCACGAAUCACCACUCUUAUCAACGGCGAGUACCCUUCGCAAGAAUAUGGUCUGAACUAUACAAUCUUGGAGAAGGGCUCCGACGAUCUGUCCGCUGUCAAUCCAUGGGAGUUUAUCACUAUUCGUAUGGACUGGAUCAAAGAUCACAUCAACUUCACACUCGCUGAAAAUCUCACUCGGUCAAUUCCUUACAAGAAGGAAGACUUCCCAGCAGAGCCUAUGCCGUUGACUUUCAAGCACUGGUCUACUGGCGAUUCUGAGUGGAUGCAAGGACCACCNAAAAACCGCUCAAUCGCCAGCGUCGCCUGGGUUCGAGCUUUCUUCAACUCCUCCGUCACUACUACUGCACAACAACAGCACUUUAAUACGCAGUGCAACCUUGCUCUGGCAUGUGAUGUCGAUGAUCACACUCUAAGAAUAUCGACCGACUAUACUUCCGCUUCGCUCAAGGCGUGGAAGGAGCCUCCGAGAAACGAAAAAUGGAAGCUGCCAUCGGGAAUCGUAGCUGGCUCCUCCUCUUUCUUCGGUCUCGUUGCUCUUCUCAACGUACUUUUUCGAAGAAAGCCAUGGGAAAAGCUUGUCGCCAAGGACCAUGAACCUAUGGAGGCUAUGCAAAAGCCAGAUUCGUCGACCGAUAGUGAUAGUAAACUGCACACGCCCCGAUCAAUCUCCAGCUCAACUCUCGGUAGCGUGGAUGCUUCGAAGCCGAAGUGGGACUACAAAUGCACGACCACUGAGGCGUCGUCGUCGAACAUGACCACACCUUGGGGAGCAAUGACGCCUGCAUCUGGACCAACAGGUUCGGCCAAAACCAUCGACAUGGCACUGCUUCGUAAGAAGAUGUCCGAAGAUUGUCCUACACCAUUCGGUGUUCCGCUCAAUCAAAAUAGCUUACGGCAAAGUCCUUCUACUGGUAGCGAUGGCUGGUCCAGCAUCGGCCACACGCUCGUCUGCCCGACCCCGGAAGUCAAUUUUAGCAAGCCCAUCAAAAGCCCUGAGACGAUCCGAGAGUCUGUCGAGAUCUGCGUACUGGAAAGAAAGUCGUUCGAGUCCAACGAGAAGCUGAAGGAAGCUAUCGUUACUGCAUAUGAGGUGCCCAUUCAGUCGACACUUGUCACAAGCCCUGCUCUGCCACCUCGUACAAAUGCAUCUCCUAAGCGUAUUGACUAUCUUGCCGGACUCGUGGCGAUAUCAUGUAUAGGUGUCACACUCAUCCACUUCACGCUUACAUUCAUCCCUUAUGCUGGUGGUCUUGGCUACGGAAGACACUACGAGUCAGAGUUGUACUCUCGUUGGUCGGCAACACCUAUCCUUUUGAACCCUAUCUGGAUUGGUCCAUUCUUCACUACAUCUACUCGUUUCUUGGCUCAAAACUUCCUCCGUACUGGAAAUCUUGCCGAUGUGGCCAAGAAGAUGUUACUCAGAGCACCUCGUAUGGUCAUACCCGCCAUAGUCGUAGCAGGUCUUGAGUACUUCUUCAUUGAGCUUGGUAUGACUGCCAAACUGGAGUGGCUGCCUUCCAUCACAUGGUCAACUUGGCCUUGGGUUUCUAACUAUCCCAACUUCGGAUGGUUCAUGAACGAGAUUCUGGAGCUCGGGUAUCUUAUUCCGAACAAAGCUCCCGGCAUCGUCAACCACUACUGCGUAGGUGUUCUGUGGACAAUUCCUGUACAGCUCCAGUUCAGUUACACCACACUACUCGGUGCAGUCAUGGUUCGCGAGAUCAAAUCUCACUGGAAGCGAUUCGCCUUUUACCUCUGGUGCAUUGCCGUAAACUGGUACUCCAUGAACUGGGGCAGCUGCUUCUGGGUGGGUCUGCUCAUCGCUGACUUGAAUGUCACUUACAACUAUGUUGCUUGGUUACAAGCACGACCUAAGUACCUGUACCCAAUGUUUGUCCUGCUCUGGGUAUUGGUCAUUCAAGGACCCCUCUGGACUUUCCUCGAAGACCGUGGCUUCUACACCUUGAUGACCCGUGAACGCAAUAUCCACCCUAACCUCGCUACUGGAGCACCCCAAGGNGAAGUAGCAUCGAUGUAUCCAGCAUACUUCGAGCCUCGCCUAAACACUAUCCUCUUCGCCGGCGCCGUACAAAUGAUGACUGAGCUGUCUACCUCCUUUCAGUGGUUCCUAUCGCUGAAGCUCUGGAUUGUUCUUUUCCCACACACUUUUACCAUCUACCUUAUCCAUGGCUUUGUGUUUUGGUCCUUUGGAGCUUGGUUGUGUGUGACUCUAGCUUCCAUGGAGAUCUUGCCUUAUUGGGCAAUCUGUUUGAUCUUGUUUGUGUGUUGCUAUGCAGUUAUUGGACUUGCUGCUGUUUGCAUCACGCCCUUCUCAGAAGGUGCGGCGAUGGCAUUGUGUAGGAACUGUUGGAGGUGGGCCAGUGAGGAGCCGGUACCUCAUCGCAAGACUCUGGAACCUUUCCGUAAAGAUCUGUUUUUGAACAGAAAUGGUGGGGUAGAGAAGGAUGAAGAGGCAUCUGUGCAUGGGUUUGUGGAAGUGCUCGAUGAGAAGAAUUUCAAGCUGGAUGAGCAACGAGGAAAGGAUGUUGGAGAGAGCCCUUUCGAUGAUGUGAAUGAGGUUGCGUCUGAGUCAUCUGGUUCUAGGCCUGUUUCUGAGUUUGUGCGGAGCAGGCAAUCUAUUGCUGAUGCAAUCACACCUGUGAUCUCCACACAGGUAUCGGCGGAGGGGCUGGGUAUCCGCUUCGAUGAGAAGAACUAG